CCUUGACAGGACUUAAGCCCCGCCUUUCCUGAGCGAAACGGCAGCGCUCCGAGAACGCGAUUGGUUCAAAGAGCUGUCAAUCACUGUACACACACAGCGCCGGCGAAUAGAGAGGAGGCGGGCCGAAGCGAGACAAUUAUAAGGUCACUGGAAUUACCAGCGCUACAAGCCAUCGUUACAAUGAAGCGAUAGCAGAUAAGCCUGAAAAAUGAAAUAAACGGGAGCAAAGUCUAGGAGGAGAAGCCGCGUGUAUCAGCGCAGGCGGAGGUUUCGCUUGAGCCGAUCAAGGUGGGAUCGUACGGGACAGGUUCCCCUUCUGCCAUAACACACAGGUUAUUGUGACCGCGGAGACCGAAAUCGAGGAUGUUGCGGUUGGCGUGCUCCACGGCCCUUCUCUUCGUGCUCAGGCUGUUCGCCGGCCUGCCCUGGCUCCAGGUUCUGCCGUCCAUUGUGAUUUUCUUCCUGGGCUCUGGAGGAUGGAAGUCUUUCCAUGUGUUUUCAAAGACCAUAUACCGCGAUUUGCAUGCAGCCAGUGUGUUGCUGAGGGUAAAACUCGAUGUCAAAAAGCACCUCCGUGAGCGCAACACCAUUCCCAAACUUUUUGCCAAGUCCGUCAAGAAAUACGGUGACAAGACGGCUCUGAUUUUUGAAGGAACGGACGAAAAAUGGAGCUUCAAGGAGCUUGACGAGUACUCCAACCGCGUGGCUAACCUUCUGCUUCAGAGGGGCUUCAAGGAAGGCGACGUGAUCGCUCUGUUCAUGGAGAACCGCUCUCAGUACGUGGGGCUCUGGCUGGGAAUGGCAAAGAUCGGAGUGGAGGCAGCUCUCAUCAACUUCAACCUGAGACUGGAGGCCCUGGUGCACUGUGUCAACAUCUCCAGCGCCAGAGCCGUGGUGUUCGGCAGUGAGCUGACAGAUGCGAUGUGUGAGGUGCACAGCUCCAUGGGAAAGACCGUUAAGCUCCUCUGCUCUGGAGAAUGGGACCCCAAACGGGUUCCUGAAGGCACGGAGCAUCUCGAGCCGCUGCUGGAGGUGACCUCUACAAACCAGCCCAGACAACCAGAUCGCAGCUUCACAGAUCGCCUUUUUUACAUUUACACAUCGGGAACCACUGGGAUGCCAAAAGCUGCUAUUGUUGUACACAGUCGGUAUUACCGCAUGGCCGCCUUGGUGUACUAUGGUUUCAGAAUGAAGCCUGAGGAUGUGCUUUAUGACUGUUUACCACUUUACCACUCAGCAGGUAACAUAGUGGGAGUUGGACAGUGUCUGAUCCAUGGAAUGACUGCAGUGAUCAGGAAGAAGUUCAGCGCAUCAAAGUUCUGGGAUGACUGUAUCAAAUACAACUGCACAAUCGUGCAGUACAUUGGUGAGAUCUGCCGCUAUCUGCUGAAUCAGCCGAAGAAGGACACGGAGCACCAACACCAGGUGCGCAUGGCCCUCGGUAACGGCCUUCGCCAGUCCAUCUGGGAGGAAUUCACCACCCGCUUCAACGUCCCACAGAUCGCAGAGUUCUACGGCGCCACCGAGUGCAACUGUAGCCUGGGCAACUUCGAUAACCAGACGGGCGCCUGUGGAUUCAACAGCCGGAUCCUGCCCUUCUUUUACCCCAUCCGCUUAGUCAAAGUGGACGAGGAGACCAUGGAGCUCAUCAGAGGACCUGAUGGAGUCUGUAUCCCAUGUGGUCCAGGAGAACCUGGUCAGUUGGUUGGUCGAAUCAUUCAGAAUGACCCUCUCAGGAGAUUUGACGGCUACGUCAAUCAGUCGGCCUCUAAUAAAAAGGUUGCCCACGAUGUCUUCAAAAAGGGAGAUAGUGCCUAUCUCUCAGGGGACGUGCUGGUGAUGGACGACUACGGCUACAUGUACUUCAAAGACCGCACAGGAGACACAUUCCGCUGGAAAGGAGAGAACGUCUCCACCACUGAGGUGGAGGGAACGCUGAGCCGCCUGCUGGACAUGAAAGAUGUGGUGGUGUAUGGAGUGGAGGUGCCAGGUGCUGAAGGCAAGGCAGGGAUGGCAGCCAUAGCAGACCCGGACCACAGUACAGACCUGGCGAAGUUUAGCCGGGACCUGGAGAAGGCCCUGCCGCCCUAUGCCCGGCCCGUGUUUCUGCGCUUCCUACCAGAAGUGAACAAAACAGGGACUUUCAAAUUCCAGAAGACAGACAUGCGACGGGAGGGAUUCGACCCCAACGUCAUCUCUGACAAACUCCACUUCCUGGACUGCACCAAGGGACAGUAUGUGGAGAUGAAUGUAGAGCUCCAUCGCAGCAUCGUCUCAGGAAAGCAGAAAUUAUGAGACUACUGCCAACCUCCACCUGUUCCCUCACCGCCCCGCCUUCAGCAGCCCUCAAACCUCGCCCCCUCAUCACUCCGCCCCUCGUUACCUCAGCAAACACAGUGAGGGGCCGCAGGAACGCAUUCUGCCCGUAUAUUCAAGCCCCCGCUGAUUCAUUCUCACAACCGAGAUGGGACUGAGGUGGCGUUUAGCCAGCCGUCUUAAAAAAGCGAAAAAUGCAAAAGAAAAUGAAGCAAUUUAGCAAAUAAUACAAAAAACAUACAGCAAGGAAAGGCACAAGGACCAAACACACGGCUGUCAAGUGGUAAAGCUUUCCCUUUGCCUCAGCUGCACAAUGCUCGCCUGGCUACAAGAUUCGAGACUGACACGAUCCUUUUGACGGAUUUGACAAGUGACUGCCGCCCUGACCAAAACCAAUGUGGAUCGACAUGCAAUACAAACCCAGCACUGGCUGUGCGCUUGCCAGCUGCAAUGACUUGAUCGAUGCUGUUCAUUUAAAUGUGUAACAUGCACCAAAUAUAUUUAAGUUAUAGAAUAGCUCGUCAUCUAUUUACAAGUCAUGAAUCUACAUGCCGCGUUGAAGACGUCCAUUAUUGCACUGCUACUGUGUGCGUUUUACCUCUCCAGACUUUAGUAUGCAGCGUCAGCAUGGAAGCAGAUUUAACGAUCAGCCCAGUGUGACAUUGUGUAGACUGGGCUUCAUGGGUUUGCUUCGUUUUGCUAGACGUGAAGACUACGUGUAGACGUUAAGUUCCCUCUCUACAGGACACUAUAGUGGACUUUGCAUGGAGGCGAAUGAAAGUAGUGUAAUACUCUGGUGCUAAAAAGCAAACAUCCUAUCUAUCUGCAAAGUGGCUCCAGACCUAAAAACCGUCUUUUCUCCUUGACGGGAAGAGAACGGAAGUGGAGGAGAAGAAAGGGGAAAGCGAUAUAGGCUAUUUGUCAUCAGAGAUCUAGUUUUUCUUUGAGCAGCAUGAAUGAUUGACGCAACAGAGCACUGUGCCUUACUGUCAGGUCACCAGAUAGUGUUAUUGCCCUCAUAAUUACACUAACUGACUCUAGACGUCUCUUCCAUGUCCCUUAAACAGCUAGCUUAUUUUCUAGACCUUGCUUGUACUCCCAUGAAAAUUCCCAUCAUGCAAAGUGUGUCCAGCACUACAUUUAUGGGCAUCCUGUCCAUUCCAUGUGUAUUUUGCUCGAUCUCUUUUUGCGAACCUUCCUGUUCGCCCUCGUCCACUGACAGCUGAUUAUUUAUUUAUAUAUCGUAGCAAGUAUUUAAGUGUGUGUGCACGUGUGACAGCACUUGAUUUUCUCCAAGUCACUGUUUUGGCCACUAUAUAU